AUGAGCUCUGGGGAGACACAGGAGCAGGUGCAGUCCGGAGGGGCAUCCUGCCUGGCCACCCUCCAGGAGGACAGCAUGUCCUCCCAUCUGAGUCAGUCUCGGGGGGUGGCAGAGAAAGAAAGGGUGAGGGAAAGCCCAGCGGCGAGGCCAUGCUCCAGUGUCUGUUUCAGGUCGGAUUUCCGCCCUCACGAGGUGGUCAGACGCCGCCGCAGGGACGCGGAGCAGUAUCAGCCGCCAGGGGGCGCCGUGGAGCAGGGCACCACCUACAGGCGGGACUUCAACCCGCACCCGGUGCAGCCCGUGGCGCGUGCCCGGCCCCCGCACAGAAGCCGCGUGCAGGAGGGGAAGGUGGACACCGUGCCCACCUACCGAGCCGAGUACAGAGCCUGGGCCCCGCAGAGACGAGAGCUGUGCAGACCCCAGCAGGCCUACACUCCGCCCAAAGGGAGUUUCAGCAACCGGACCACAUGCCAGGACGACUUCCCUCCUCACCGGGCCCCGGCCCCGAGGGGGCGCGGCUGCAGACCCCGCUCCGCCGCCCCAAGGCCUACGGAGCCCUUCCAGGGGGACACGAGCCACCGGCUGGACUACGUGGCCCUCCAGCCGCAGCCCCGGCCGACCAGGCCCCGGGAGGCCUACAGACCCAGCAGCCAGCCCCUGCAGGGCCUCACCACCCACCGUGGCGACUUCCGGGGGCUCCCGGGCACACCGCCCCAGCCCUGCAGGCCCGCCCGAGCCAGGGUCAGCCCCGGCCGCUUCGCCAGCACCACCGAGUUCCAGGAGAGCUUCCCACCCUGGGAGGUGUCUGCGCCCCGGCCCAGGAAGGCAGUGGAGUACAUGCCUCCCAAGGGGACCAUGGAGGCCGCCAGCACCAGCCGCCGGGACUUCGUGCCCCUCCGGGUUCCCCGCGCCGUGCCCAUCAGGCCUGCUGUGCAGAGGAGCAGCCACCAGCCUUUCCAGGCUCGGAGCACCACCCAGGAGGAUUUCCCAGCCUGGGAGGGCUGCCGGCCCACACCAAUGAGGAGGCAGCCCCAGAUGCUGCUGCCCAAAGUCAAGUUUGAGGGGCUGAGUACCUCCCGAUGCCACUUCGUGCCGCACAUCCUGGCUCCCGGCCCUAGGAGCUGCAGGCCGAUGCCCGCGCCCCUCCGGAACCCAGGCCCCUUCCCCCAGGGCACCACGUACGCCCUGCACUUCACGCCCAAGCGCCUCCAGGCUUGCCCUGCCGCCCACCCGGAGCCCCCGGGCUACAUCUUCCAGACAACCGACCCCCGGGGCCACCGGCUCUUCCUUCCAGUGGUGCCCGCGGCCGAAGCCUGCUGACCAGCUGCCCGCGGCCCAGAGCGGAGCCUGAAAUUCCAGCUCAGGGAGACCCCACAGCUUGUCCUCAGAAAUCAGCCUCCUCCCGUGACUGCGUAAGC